GGCAUUAUGGCUGAGGAUAAGAAGGGUCAAGUUGCCAAGAAGGGCGCCAAGAAAGCGGUGAAGAGGGCGCCACCGAAGGGCGGCAGGAGGAGGAAGCGGUCCAGGAAAGAAAGUUACGCCAUCUACAUUUACAAAGUGAUGAAGCAGGUUCACCCCGACACCGGCAUCUCCUCCAAGGCCAUGAGCAUCAUGAACUCGUUCGUUAACGAUAUUUUCGAGCGUAUCGCGGGGGAGGCUUCCCGCCUGGCCCAUUACAACAAGCGCAGUACCAUCAGCUCCCGGGAGAUCCAGACCGCCGUGCGGCUGCUGCUGCCCGGGGAGCUGGCCAAGCACGCCGUGUCGGAGGGCACAAAGGCGGUGACCAAGUACACCAGCUCCAAGUGAAGGACCGCAUUGUACUGAAACAUACACAUCCACAACCCAAAGGCUCUUUUAAGAGCCACCUACAACUUCCCUGAAACAGCUGAAUCGUUAUGUUUGUGUUUUUUAAUUCAUAUAUCUACGAGAUUUGUGUUUUAUAAACGUUCUGUCAAGUAUUGAGUGAUCGCUGACCCCGUCCGCGCCUUAUUCUCUGGUACCUUCAUGUGUAUCCUGUAGUCCCUGGCUGGGGAGAGAGAUCAUGUUAAACGCCACUGUCAUUUUUCAGUUGAUUGUAUGUGUCCUUGUUGCUCUUGGUUAUUCGAUCAGUUCAGGAGCUAAAAACCCCGGUGGGGCAUGAACCCUGAGUUUCAUCCCCAUCAAACCAAAUGCCCCCGGCACCCGCCGGCAAGUCAAAAAAAAGGUUUCCCUCCGAGUCCGAUUUUACUUUAUUUAUUUUUAAUUUCCAAAUCUCCGCACGGGUAUUGUCCGGAUGCAGAGCCUUGCCAAAUACACCGAAAUAAAACUAGAACAGCUGCAGAAGUGGCAAUAAAUGUGGAGUUUUUUUAUCGAUCUAUGAUCGUGUGCAAUAGGAGGGUAACUUUACAAUAUUCUCGAACGAUCGUGUUCACUAAUGCGCUUACUUGUGAGAACGUAAUCUCAUGUUGUAUCAGUAGAUCGGGGUGCUGU